AUGCAAAGCGCCCCGUCGGCGACCGCCCCCGCCGGGUCGGGAGGCCCCGCAAGCCCGCCAGCAGCUAGCUUCAGCAGCAGUGCGCUCGUCGACUUGGGCCCCGACCUGCAGCAACGCAUCCUAGAGAAGCUCCCGGACCUCUCUGCCGCCGCCGCCGCCUCGUCGACGCUGCGCGACGCGAUCACCGAGCCCUUCCUCGUCCGCUGGUUCCUCUCCUGGGCAGAGCGCCUUGCGCCCGACCGCCUGUGGCAGUAUGCAGCCGUCGCAGCCUGGCCCCGCCCCCACGACGCCAGCGCCACCCGCCGCCCUGCCGAGCUCUCCGCCGCCGCGGCGGGCCUGCGGCGGCUGUGCGGCUUCCUGCGGGCGGUGCUGCUGCGGCAGCAGGAGCUCGGGAUGCUCGACCCCUCCGGCCCUGGGAGCACGCCGCACGAGGCGGCCGCGGCGGCGGCACGCGUGGGGGAGCUGCUGUCUGAAUUCGACCAGCAGCAGCAGCAGCAGCAGCAGCAGCAGCAGCAGCAGCAGCAGCAGCAGCGGGCGCCAGACGGCCUGGACGACCCGGACGACACGGCGGCAGCGAUCGCUAUAAUCGAAAACGCCCGCCCCGCCGCCGCCGCGCUGCUGCUGCUGUGCCCCCACAGCGACCAUUUGCUGCUCCCAUACCUGGCCCAAGGCGGCCAUUCGGGGGCCAUGGCGCUGGUCGCGCCGCUGCUGGAGGCGCCGGCGCCGAGGUUGCUGCCGUGGCUUGCGCAGCGCCACCCGGCCCCGAUGCACGAUGUCUUGUACUCAGCCCUCAUGGCGGCGACGCAGCGCGGCCGCGCGGCCGCCGCCGACGCCGCGAUCGUCUUGAUCGCGGCUGUGGCCGAGGCGGCGACCCAGACAGGCCCCGUCGCCGGCGGCGCGCCCGGCCUGCAGCCCCAGGCGGUCGAGCGCUGCCGGCCGGAGCUCGUUCUUGUCUCCGGCCACCUGGAUUGGGCGGUGGAGUACGGGACACCCCAGUUCAUCCGCGAGUCGAAGUGGCUGUCUCACGCGUGGGACGCAGCCGCCGUGGGCGCGCUGCUCCCCCUCCUCGGCGCGGCGUUCGCUCGCAAAGACGACGGCGCGGCGCCGAUGGCGCGCUUCGUGCUGGCGACCCUGGAGUCGCGCCCAGGCAGUGCCGCGCGGCUGACGGCGCUCAUGACCGAGCGGUUCCUCAGCAGCAUCGGCUCCGCGACACUGGAGGCACGCACACAUGCGCGCACAGCCUUUCAGCGCCCCGCCGACACGCCGCGCCUUGCAUUCCCGAGGGCUGGACCCGAGCGUGUGCUGCUGCGCCACGCCCUCGGCUCCCCGCCGCUCGCGCGCCUGCUGCUCCCGCGCCUCGCCGCCGCCGCGCCGGGCCUGCUGCGGCCGCCGGCGCGCGCGGCGGCCGAGAUUACUCACGUGCUCGUGGAGAGCGCCGACUCGGAGGGCGCCCUGGAAGCUGCCACCCUGCUCCUCUCGCUGACGUCACCCGGCGCCGCUGGAAGCUACCCGGAAGCUGACCGGCGGGAGCUGCUGAGGCUGCUUUCCGAGCGGCGGCCUGCGAGCCUGCUGGAGUGGUACUGGCUCGAGGGGGCACUCAGCGGGAUAGGGCCGGAGGAGGGGGGCCCGCUGCGCGCGCAGCCGCUCCUGGUGUCGGAUCAAUACUGGGGAGUCAUGCAGGCCGCCCUGGAGCACUCCUACGGCGCCGCCGCCGCCUCCGCCGCCGCCGCCGCGCUGUCGGCCGGCCUCGUGUCUUGCGAGGGCGCGCUGGUCGGGCGGGAGGAGCUCUUUGAUGCGCGGCUGCAGGCGCGGAUGCUGGUGGCGGUGCAGUCCGGUAACCUCGGACUGCUCAAAGAGCUGGAGGAAGAGCAGCGCGAGAGCCGUCGCCGCCUCGAGCGCCGCCGCGCCGCCCGCCGACAGCGCCGCCUGGAGACCGCGGCGGCCGCCGCGGCCGCCGCGGCCGGCGGCGGCCCCGCUUCCCCUUCCAGGCCUGCGCCCCCCGCGGCCGUCGGGCCGGGCGCGGGUGCGGGUGCGGCGGAGGAGGCGGAGGCGCUGCCGUUUGGUGCGCGCGGGCUGCUGCUUGCUGCGGCGGAGGCGGGGCGACUCGAUGUGCUGGAGCACCUUCUUGACCGCCUGCAUGGCGCGCGGCAGCUGCAGCCUCGGGACCCCCUGCACGGUGGGUCGCUGGGCCAUCUGCGCAUCUGCGCCGGUCAUUAA